AAGAUAAAUUGAUGCUGUCCCAUCACCAGUCAUACUUCAUCACCGCCAUCGCCCUCACUCAUCCUUGGAUUAACUCUUCGAGAAGGAGCCCCAUUUAUAGACACAAUCACUUUGUCUAUUAUACAGCUUUGUACGAGUUUACGCCUUUUACGAUCUUGACGGCUAGUUACAGAUUACGGUCUGUGAUUUACUUAAUAUCGAGUUCGUCAAAAAAGUAUCAAUUCAACAAACGCUAUAUACAACCGCACAUUGCCCUGGAAGGCAGUGUCACGACAAUCUACUAUAUUCCUCGACCAACUGUGCCAUCAUGAUCACGAAGAACAUCUUCCUCGUCGGUGCCCUGCUGGCCUCUUCCGUCUGCGGGCACAUGCAGAUGAGCAAACCCUAUCCCAUUCGCAGUCCACUAAACCCGAACGGAGGCCAAAACAAGGAUUAUUCCUACACGAAUCCUCUGUCAUCCUCCGGCUCUGACUAUCCUUGCAAAGGGUAUGCCAAUGAUCCUUUCCAGUCAGUCGCCAAUUACACAGCUGGAUCUCAGUAUGACUUGGAGCUCACUGGUAGCGCUACCCACGGUGGUGGCUCUUGCCAGCUGUCGCUGUCCUACGACAAGGGCAAAUCGUUCAAGGUGAUCAAAUCCAUGGAGGGAGGAUGCCCUAUCACCAAGAAAUACGACUUCAAGAUCCCCUCCGAUGCCCCCAGCGGAGAGGCUCUGUUGGCUUGGACGUGGUUCAACAAAAUCGGUAACCGUGAGAUGUACAUGAACUGCGCACAGGUUACUAUCCAGGGUUCGUCCUCCUCAAAACGCUCGCAUGCCCGCGAUCUCCGCGCCAAGAAGCUCGCUGCUCGCACUUCUUUUGACAGUCUGCCCCCGAUCUUUUUGGCCAACAUCAACGCUGAGGGCCAGUGCACUACCACUGCGAGUGAGGAGGUCAACUUCCCGCUACCUGGAGACGAUGUCCAGGGCACUGUGUCUGGAAAGGGUUACACCUGCAAGGGAACUGCUCCAUUCCUUGGAAGCUCGUCCAGCUCGUCCAGUUCUAGCUCCAGCUCAUCGGACAGCUCUUCCACCACUUCGAGUUCUUCGAGCCCCAGCAGCUCUGCCUCUCCGUCGUCGUCCUCCAGUUCUUCUGGUUCUUCAAGCUCGUCUCCUGCCUCGGCGAAGGUCGUUCCCACGCCCGUCCCGACUCCCUCAUCUUCUGCGGUUUCCCAAGCUCCGGCUAGUGGCUCAUGCACCUCUGGAGGCAUUGUGUGCUCUGGUGAUGGAAAAUCCUUCUUCAUGUGCGACCACAACGGCCUCAAAUCGAUGGGUAGCGUGGCUGCGGGCACGAAAUGCAAGAACGGUGCCAUUAUGGCCGUCUAAACUUCCACUGCGACCCGGCCCAUAUUAUCGCUCAACACUGCCUAAUCGCAGGCAUGUUUCUCGCCUCAGAUCUAUCCUGACGCACGUCUUCCCCUCAGGCCUUGCUGGUCCAUGGUCUUUCUCUACUUAUAACGCAGCUGCCUGGAGCAAGCUACCAUUAUAUGAUGUCACGCACCGUUCUCGCUUCCCUUUUUUUUGCAAAUUCCCCCCUUUUCAUGGAAUAGCCUGUUGUUUUCACACAUGCACAGUUGUGAAAGUUCCUUUUGGUUCUGAGUGACGUUUAAAUGAGUCCCAAACACUUUUCUUGUACGUUCUAUGUGACGAUGUCGGCGAGCAGUCUGUUUAUUCCAUUUUCUCCUGCGAAUUUUUUAGUAGCUUAGCUUAGAUAGUAGGUAGUUUAGAACAUGUCCAAAAAUUAAUGACAACUUAUUUUCUCUCAAGA